GUUUAUUUGCAAAUUCGAUUAUUCGUAAAGUCUGGCUACGUUCGGAUUCUCAGCUGGUUUUGUUAUUAUUCUUUCGAAUUUGUAGCAACUUUUACUUUUGAACUAUUUAGCGCAGCAGGUUUAGAAAUAAAGAAUUUGUCAUGGAUGAUGCGGAACUUACAAGGUUAGCAAUAGCUGAAAUAGUGCGCGAAAUGGGUGAAAUAAAAGAGCCCGCUGUACAGGAGCGCAAGAUAAAUCCGAUAGCAAAGCCAAACAAGCGAUUCCUUGGGCGUACGCUGAAUUCAGUGUUGUCACAUAACAAACGUAAAAAUGAUAGAACUCGGGAGAAUUGCAGAAGAAAGUUGAAAGAACUCGAUGAGAGGCGAGAAAAAAUUAAUAGAUUGAAUUCUAGAAGUCGAUCUGGCAGUUGGGAGCUUGUAUUGAGUAGCUCCUCAGACGAACACGAUUCCAAGGAAGUAAGGAAACAGAGAAAACUUAAAAAUAAUAAGCACAAAAAAGUUAAAAAGAGGAAACAUAAAAGUAAGAAAAAAAGACGUGCCAGAAGCAGCAGUAGUAGCAGCAGUGAUGAGAGUAGUAGUGUAAGUAGCUCUACUACAAGCAGCAGUAGCUGCCGAAGUAAGAAAAGUAAAUUACGGAAGAAAUCUAAAUCUAAAAAGCGUAAGAUUCUGCAGCCAGAAAUGAACAUAAAUGAAUUUGCUACAGAAGAGGUCUACUAUGAACCAGAUAUAAAUGCUGCUAUGGAAUUUGGUGCUGCCAUGGAAUUUGAUGCUGCCCUAAUGGCCAAUAAUUACAGGCAUCAUCAAAUGCAACAAAUGUUAUAUUAUAACGCUUUGAUGGCUGGUCACCAAGCCACCGAGAUCGAGGCCUUAAAAGAGGAAUUACAAAUAAGUGACGCCGAAGUAACUGAGACCCAAAAAGAAAAGGCGUCUAUUUGUAGUGCCGUGUCAUCACUAAACCUAAAUGAAAGUGAUUCCGACGGUAGUGAAGUGCUACAGAUAAGUCUAUCAUCCGCCACAUCCAGUGGCAGUGAAACUAAAAGUGACAAAAGUAUAAAAAACAAGAAGGUGAAAAGAAAAGAUCUGGAGGAGCGAAUACCUAGUGAUAGUUCGGAUGCAGUUAUAUGGGAAUUAGACUCGGAUAGUUCUAACGGUAAUAAAAUGUCAGAUAUAAAAGGUGGAUCAGAAAAGCAAACAGAAAAUGACGACUGUGUUUGUAUAAUAUCCGAAUCUGAGACAAGCACGGAUGAUGACAGUGAGUCGGAAAGUUCAACUAACGAAGAAGAUUCCGCAAGUGCAAAUGUUACAAAUGCACCUAACAAUGUUUGUCACGCUGAAGCGGAAACUGUUACACUACUCAGCUCGUCUGAUAGUGAGGUCGAAAUUAUAAAUAUGAAUGGUGCUGAUGAGUCUGUACAACAAUUAACCGACUCAGUUAUGGCAGCAACAACAUCUCAGCCUACAGAUUCCAUGCCUGAAUCAGUGGAACAAAUGAAUUUAGUAUUAUCUGUAUCUGAGACUAAUUCAAUUUCAAUGCCAAAAGACAGUCUUUCAACAGUUAUAGAGAAUUUGGUUGUUACAGAGCCUGAUAAGACUUCAAACUUGUCAGUUGAAGUAGACUCAUUAGUAACUGCUAUUGAAUGUUCAUCUCCGCCAAUAAAAAUUGAUGAAACGGGAAGUGAAACGUCAAUAUGUACAGUGCAAGAACAACAAGCUUCAAUGAAGGAAACUGAUAAACUGGAAGCCAACAACGGUACAUCAUUCACUUUUAUAGCACCCGCAAGUCCUAUUACUGAAGCUCUAGAUGAAAGAAAUUCAAGCGACGUGACGACUGCUGAUACUGAUAUUGAGAUAGCGGCAAAGAAAUUUAAUAUUGAUGCUCUGGAGGCCGAAGACAGUAAAUCAUUAACAAUUGUAGCAUCCAAAGACCCUAUUACCGACGCACAGUGUGGUUUUAAUUCAAGUGAAAUUGCAACCGUUGAUACAGAUGUUGGCACAGCGGCAUUGAAAUUGAAUUUUGAUUCUCUGAAAGCCAACACCAGUACACCUCUCACAUUUGUAGCACCUACAAGCCCGAAUACUGAAAAACGGUGUGAAACGAAUUCAAGUGAUAUGACUAUUGUUGAUACAGGCGUUGAGGCAUUGGAAGCGGUUUCGGAAACUGAAUUGAGCAAUAAAGUAGACGAAAUAUCAAAUGCAUCAGCCUCAUUACCAACUGAUCCGUCAGUGAGUUCAACGCCUACAUUAUCAGCGCUAAUACCUCAAAGUACAAUAGAUAAUACAGAAGUGGAUUUAGUUUUAAUUCAUAAUCAGUCGGAAAUUACUGAGUCCGAGUCAGUAGAUGAGCAAAUGUCUUCAUAGUACUUUUAGGCUGCCCAGUUCUUGAACAACAUACAUAUGCAUAAAAGAAAAUAUCGAAUUUCCAUUUGUGUGUGAAUUUUGUAACACACAUAUAUCUAUUAAUUAUCAGAACGGACCUGAUUUUAAUUUUAUUAUUAUUUUUAAUUUCAAUAAAACGGUUGUUCAAGUUACUGCGAGUUUACAGCUAAGGGAAAUGUCCGAGCGGCACAAUGUCAUUGUAGUUAAUUGCUUCCUGGGUAGUCAUUAUUAAGUUUCAUGUAUGUAUGCUUUUGCAUAUAUUAAAAUAAUUAUAGUAAAAUUGUGUAAAUAUGAAUUUUAAGAAUAUAUUUCUAUGAAAACACA